CAUUCUUGCUAUCGCAUCCUCGUGAAACCACCGGAUUGCAAUACUUCAAAUGCAUCAGUGGAUCUCCUGUUCUUCUUAGAUUUUCUGAUCUGUCCCGUUCUAUGCAAUCAUGAUGCGUCGCAGCUUCAAAGAAUAUCUAAAGCCCUCUCAGGCAACGAAGGAGGAGAGGAAGUUGGUGCAGAAGCUUGAUUGGUUUAUCUUGAGUUUCUGCUGUUUGAUGUACUUCAUGAACUACCUGGAUCGAUCCAAUUUAAGCAAUGCGUAUGUUUCUGGAAUGAAGGAGGACCUCAGUUUUGAAGGCAACCAAUUGAACCAGAUCACGACUGUCUUUACGGUCGGAUAUAUUAUUGGCCAGCUACCAUCAAAUCUUGCGCUCCAUUAUAUUAAGCCGCGCAUCUUCUUUCCCAUCAUGAUGGUCAUCUGGGGUGGCCUGACUAUGGUGAGCGCCGCUGCCAGAAGACCGCAAGACUUGAUGGCAAUCCGUUUCUUCAUUGGACUUGCAGAGAGUUCCACCUUCGUUGGAACGCACUACGUCCUCGGAUCCUGGUAUACGGCUCAGGAGCUUGGCAAGCGCAGUGGUAUCUUCACCGCCUCUGGUCUUGCUGGGACCAUGUUCGGCGGUUUCAUUCAGACAGGAAUCCACUCGAGUCUCAAUGGCUCCCAUGGACUUGCAGGUUGGAGGUGGUUGUUCAUAAUCGAUGGUAUCAUCACGCUGCCCAUCGCCUUAUAUGGCUUCCUGCUCUUUCCGAACACGCCCUCGACUUGUAAUGCUCCAUACCUUUCCGCCAGUGAAAGAGCACUUGCUAUAUCACGGGUUCCGGAGGUACCAGAACGAUCGCCAAUCCGAUGGAGCUUCCUGAAGAAAGUUCUCACCAGCUAUUACUGGUACGGAUUCGUCGUUCUCUGGAUCAUCGCCGGCGAGACCGAAUCAUUCAGCAGUAAUACCUUACUAGCGCUGUACAUGAAGUCGUCACCAACGCGCAAGUACACCGUUGCUCAGCUUAACAAUUAUCCGACCGGUGUACCGGCCGUCGGUAUUGUCAGCACUCUGUUCUUUGCUACACUGACUGAUUACUUUGGAGGGAAGCGCUACAUCGUUGGCUACUUUAUCUUCUUUACUGGCAUUACUACAGCAGCUCUUAUACUGGCGUAUCCAUAUUCAACUUCAAUUAUCUUUGGGGCAUACUACUGGGCAGGAACUGUGUAUGCCUGCCAGGCAACGUUCUUUGCGUGGGCCAAUGAUGUAAUGCGCUAUGAAGAGGAUAUGCUCCGUGCUGUGGUCAUUGCCAGUAUGAACAUGGGAAGCAAUGCCAUGAACGCGUGGUGGAGCAUCGUCUUUUACGGCGCGCAGUAUGCUCCUUUCUUCCGAAUGGGCAUGUGGGCCAUGAUAGCGACGAGCAUCGCACUGGGUGUCUGGACAACAGUGCUACUGUGGUUUGCCACCAAAGAGGAGAAGAAGAGAGUCGCAGACGGUGUGGUAUCGUCAGACAAGAAUAACAAGUUACGAAUAACGAUAUCGGACCCGGAGAAAGAGGUGGACGUUGACGCAAAGUCGUAAGGUGAUUAUGUCUCAAGAUAUGCUCAACAUUAAUGAAGUUGGGAAGUCACGUCCAUAGCUCUCAGCUUUAGACAUCACAACCACCUACGUAUGUUCUUCGCCAUCGAACUCAUAAGCUUCCCUAAAUCACACAUUCAUAUCCCCUGACCCUGGACCUGUUGCACGACUUUGUCGACCUCCUCCUAUUAGAGUCACGCUCUUGUCUGAACGUUUGCAC